AUGGACUCUCUUUUUGCUCUAUUUGAUUAGUUCAUUAGAAUCAAUUUGAUAUAUUAUCCAUAAAAUUAAUAAGCGUACAUUUCAGAAAGUUGGGAAUAAUUUUUAAGUUUAUUAUAAACUUAACCUCUUGAUUAUGGGAAAAUUUAUACCUUAAUAAAUAGAAUGACUUAUGAAAAUUUAACACCAACAAAAAAUGAGAGAUAAAGUUCAAGUUAAAGAUAGGUAGCUAGAAAUAUCACUGCUGCUUCAUCACCUAGAAUAGUUUCCUCAUCAGUGUCAAAGAACAGCACCAACAUAUUGUAAAAGAUUUCACAAAUGGACAAUAUAGCCAGUCCUAAAAUUGCAGUCCCUAAUCUUACUAGUUAACAAUCCUUGAUUAAUAAAACAUCAUAGUAAUAAAGUGCCAAAUAACAAUAAUUGACAGAAGAAUUUAACAAGCAUCUAUUAUUGAGUAAAAUAAAGGAAUUGUAGUUUAAUUAUUCUGUUUCUACAGAUAAGCUAUACGCAAUUGCAAAAAUUCUGUAAUCAAAAGAAGGUUAUUCAGCAACAACAAAAUCACCGAUUAAAUAUCCAUUAACACAGCACUUAAACAAAUCAAGGGGAAAUAAUCAUAGUGCAGAGCAUUAUAAAAUUGUUGCUUGA